ACGAGUGUUAUACCACAAACGAAAGCGAGAGACACUUCCGACAGUCGAUGUAGACUUCUCGUUUGUGGCAGUCAGUCUUUGUAGCUCAAAUACAGCCAUGUAGUCAUGUGGCUUUGUUCAGGUGGGCAUUACUAGGUAAUGUCAAGCAAAACCAAGGUAUGAAAAUGGCUGCCAACCUGCCAAAUGAGCUCCACAAGUUUUGUGGGCAUGCUCAGCGACUUCGUCAAAUUUUGGAUGAGACUAAACGAUGUUUCGAGGACAUCAACAACAGUGGACAGUUCAACGGAACUCAGAUUGUGACAGCCGAGCUUCUGAAGGAGGAAGAGUCUGAGGUGCUGUCGGUCAUUGAGAAGCCACAGACGAUCAUUGUGCUGGGCCAGACGCCCUACGCAAAGUCACGUAUUGUCAAUGAGAUCUUCAACAAAACAAUAUUUCCAUCACUAGAUGAAAGAGACAAUGACUCCAAGUUUCGAAUGGUUCGGUUUCGCCGUGGAGACACUCUGUCAGUCAGCCUGUCUCUACCAGAUGAUUAUGACUUGGUGGACAACUUGGAGGCUUACAACGGACCCUGGAACACAAUUCCCAAAAAUGACCUUGAACUUUUGGAUGAUAGUGGUGCAGAUGUUGCCAAUGGAACAGCAGUGUUGGAAGUUACUAUUAAUCACCCACUGUUGAGGUUUGGUUCUCAGUUGGUUGUGGCGCCAUCCAAAUAUGGGGAUUCCGUGGAAGCAGUCUUGAAGAAGUGUGUGGAGAACGCCACUCCGCUUCUUGUGUAUGGAUUUGUCACAGAGCACUUAUUUGAUAAGGAUAUAAAUGAACUGAGUGAACUCGGGAAGGUCACAAAUUUUCGUCCUGUGUUCUUUGUACGAGUUCCUCCCCCUGGGUCAAGGACAGUUGAUACGGACCCACCUGAUGGGGCUCCAGGUUCGCCAACCCAUCAAAUAAGACUGUCAUCUUCCUAUGAACUUCAAACAAGUACUUCAAAAUGGCCAGGAAACAAAGACUUGUCCCAAGGCUUUAAAAAUAUGUCGUUUGUGUCAUCAAAUUUGGCGUACCAGCAACUGUGUAAGCUUGGAUACCUUAGUGAUAUAGUUGCGGGAAAGAUGCCGGUUAGAAAAUCCUUAACUCGGGACUACUAUGAAGGUGAAAGUGAAUACAUAGAACGAUUUCAAGAGAUUAACCAAAAGUUUGCACUAUUUACAAGAAGGACACUUCAGAGCUAUCUGAUCAAUGCAUCAACAGUGUUGAACCAGUCUCACACCAGGUGCCUUAAUAUGUUCAUCAUGUCCGCGUUUGACAUGGCCCGCGACAUGCUCAUCACCCCAAAGAAGCUGGACUUCGCCAAGGAGAAAGAGGAGGAGCUCUACAAGUCCCUCCUCAAGAUGGCGGUGUCAAAACUGGAUGAGAUCAAAUCUCUGAUAUCAGUGACCAUUUCUAACAUGAAAGACGAGCUUGUUGAAGAAGCUGGGGAAUAUGACUUUAUGAGUGUUGACAUUGAUGAGAACGGUCAGAUUCAGACCAGCAAGGGUCUGAAGAUGUGUACAGGUCAAAUCCAGGAACUGGUCCUCAGUCGACUCAAUCAUGCAGUGGCCGGGAAACUCAUCAGCUCCAUCGACAUCCUCCGGGACUCCUACACAGGGACAUUGACCCGUUGUUUGGAGAGCUUAGAGUGCUUGGACAAGGAAAACCCAGAAGGGGCCAAAACGACAGAUGCUCUCAAACAGAUUCUGAAUGCGGCAUAUCAGGUGGAGAUCACCGUGAGGUCCAGUUCGUCCCUGAUCAAGGUGUUGCUGGAGAGGAUGAAGCAGAUGGUUCAGUCAAUGCCGUGGAAGACACCUCCCAAGAUUGAUGUUGACUGGAAGAAGAAGGUGGCAGCAGACAUGCUUGGGAGUCUCAGUGAGGCCAGGUUAGCAAAGAGUAUUUCCUCCCAGAUAAAGGACCGCUUGAACAAGUCACAUGAGGCGUUUCUGUCAGCGUUGAAGCAACUGGAGAUGAAGCACACAGGGCGUCUGGACAAGAUAGAGGAGCAGAGGCUGAAGCUGAGGAAGGUGCAUGCUCCCAAAGUGGCCAAACUAGCGCUGGAGAGCACCUCGCUCAAGGAUGUUGUGUUGUAUGGAAUGCCUCAGAUGGGGCGAGAGGUUGGGCGUGGCCAGUAUGGCGUCGUAUACGCAUGUGAUUCCUGGGCAGGACACGCCCCCUGCGCCAUCAAGUCAGUCGUUCCCCCUGAUGACAAACACUGGAAUGAUCUGGCCUUGGAAUUCUUCUACACAAAGAAUAUACCAGAACAUGAUCGGAUUGUGUCUCUGCGUGGUUCUGUGAUUGACUACAUGUAUGGUGGAGGAAUGUCUCCUGCUGUCCUGCUUGUCAUGGACAGACUCCAGCGGGAUCUGUACACUGCCAUCAAACAGGGGCUGGACUGGAUCAGCAGGUUACAAAUAGCCAUUGAUGUGGUGGAGGGGAUCCGAUUCCUUCACAGCCAGGGACUGGUUCACAGGGAUAUCAAACUCAAGAAUGUGCUUCUUGACGGUGACAACCGUGGGAAGAUCACCGAUCUCGGCUUCUGUAAACCUGAAGCCAUGAUGAGUGGCAGUAUUGUGGGCACACCUAUACACAUGGCGCCGGAACUAUUCACUGGUCGCUAUGACAACAGUGUGGACGUGUAUGCGUUUGGUAUCCUGUUCUGGUAUAUCUGUGCUGGUCACGUGAAACUACCCACAGCCUUCGAGCAGUGUGCAAAUAAAGACCAUCUCUGGCAGUCAGUCAAGAAAGGCUUGCGUCCUGAGAAGCUGUCGACGUUUGACGAGGCGUGUACCAACCUGAUGCAGCAGUGCUGGGAGAGAGACUCAACCAUGAGGCCAUACCUGGGAGAUGUUGAGACGCAGCUGCUCAGUAUUUUCGAGAGAUUCUACAAGAAGAAGUCACCUGUGAACACCAAGCAGGACAAAUCACACAAGUCUUCCCGGAACAUUGCACGCCAUACACGGGAGAAGAGAUAACUCAAUACUCAAAACUAGACUCGACACAGCUGCUUUGUUGUCAGAUCUCCACAAGUUUCUGUGAUGUGAGAUACAAGGUUGACUUUAGCUGUAUAUAUUCAGACAAGUAUUCUGAUAGAUGCUCCUCAACACUUGCACUUUCUAUGCAGUCUGCACAGUGUAGUCUGUUCAUAUAUGAGUUGAUUGUAGUAGCCAUUACCCAGGUUUGCAUGGGUAAAUAUUAUUAUUGCUAUUCAAAAUGUCAGGAGGAACUUGUUUGCCAGCACUGUGAUAGUUCACCGUUAGUCUUCAGUCAUGAAUCAUUACAAAUGAAUGCAAAUGUCUUGACACAUACGUUCAGUUGCAUGUUGAGGCUUGUGUCUUGAGUUCGUGUGGACAACCACGUCUUGUGUCUUGACCUUUGUGGACAGCCACAUCUUGUGUCAUGACCUUUGUGGACAGCCACAUCUUGUGUCAUGACCUUUGUGAACAACCACGUCUUGUGUCAUGA